AUGUUCCACGAUACAAAGACCCCAAGGGUACAUGCCCAACCCCGACACAACAAGUCCUCAGAGAUUCGCGGACGCUUCGUUGGGUUUGCCUGGAACGUUGGACAUCAACUCACCUUCAAGAUCCUCACCGAUGAUACCAAACAGAUCAUAUGUCGGUCCAGAGUCAGACUCGCAAAGGAAGGGAUCAACAACCUUAAACUCGAUGUCGAAUCAGGAGCAGUUCCAGAACGCAUAUACGUCAGGUCUAAAAGAGACGAAGAAGGCGAUGAUGCUAGACUGCCCACUAUCGACAUGAACCAGAGCCCUUUUGACCUUCAAGACGAUGACGAAGAAGGGGAGAUACGGGAGACCAUUCCAGGAGAGCCUACUCCAAUGGACGAACCACCUCUCAGGGAGAUGCCCCAGGUAGACACGGUCAAUGACGAUGAUGACAACCAUUGCGAACCAUCAGAAGGACGAGCCCGGGAAAGGAUCAUCUAG